CUCCGAGUUCUAGGUGUCUCAGAAAUAUCGGAAACAUGACGGCCCCUAUCUUUUCUUUCAUUAGCGACUUUCAACACAUCGUCGAUGGCAAGAAGCGCGGGUCGAAAACCACCAGCAAUGUCGUCAAUCCUACGACCGAGGAGGUUCUCGCUAACGUCCCGGUGGCUGAUCGGGAACUUUUGGACGAGACAGUUGCUGCAGCAUCACGCGCAUUCCCUGCGUGGGCUUCCGUGCCGAUCGAGACUCGACAAGCAGCCGUGGCAAAGCUAGGGGACCUCAUGAAUGAGAAAGUGAACGAGUUUGCGGACCUUCUCAUCAAGGAAGUAGGGAAGAAUCGAGAGCUUGCGACUAUUGAAGCAGGAUCUUGCGGUCCUUGGCUACAUGGACUUGCUGGCGCUUCACUGCCUGAAGAGGUUCUCCUCGAUAAUGACAAUCGCACGGUUGUCACUCGUUACGUUCCCCACGGAGUGUGCGCUGCUAUAACACCUUGGAACUUUCCGUUGUCAUUGAUGGUUUGGAAACUCGCCCCUGCCUUGGUUGCUGGGAACUGUGUAAUUGUCAAACCAUCACCCUUUGCACCCCUCUGUGCAAUUAAAUUCGUAGAGCUCGCCCAGCAAGUCCUCCCACCUGGUGUGCUCUCUGUUCUUUCUGGGGACGAUGAACUAGGACCUUGGAUAUCGACCCAUCCUGGAAUCUCGCGCAUAUCACUGACGGGCUCCAUAGCCGCGGGCAAGUCCAUCAUGCGAAACGCAGCGUCCAACCUCAUGAGCCUUACCCUCGAGCUGGGAGGAAACGACCCGGCGCUUGUCUACCCAGACGUCGACCCCAAAUCCCUUGCUCCAAAGCUGUUUUGGUCCAGCUUCCAUAAUACUGGUCAGAUUUGCUGCUCGAUCAAACGCGUCUAUAUACACGAAGAUGUCUACGAGGCCGUGCGAGACGAGCUGGUGGCUUACGCUAAGACGGUGAAGAUCGGGAAUUGCUUGGACCCGGAUGUUGGUAUGGGCCCCGUUCAAAACCGCGUUCAGUUCGACAAGGUCAAAUCGUAUAUCGAUGACUGUCACGCCAAUGGCUAUGCUUUCUCCCUGGGAGGGGACACUAUUCAGGGACCCGAUAGCAAGGGUUUCUUCUUGCCGAUCAGUAUUGUCGAUUGUCCGCCACAGGAGUCGAGGAUCGUUCAAGAAGAGCAAUUUGGCCCCAUACUGCCCCUGCUGAAAUGGAAGGAUGAAGACAAAGUCAUCAAACAAAUGAACGAUGGUCCCUAUGGACUAACCGCAACUGUAUGGACCAAUGAUUUGGAUCAUGCACAGAUGAUAUCGAAGAGGCUUGAUGCUGGUACAGUCUGGAUUAACGAAUCGCAACUGUUCCAUUGGGAUCAUCCUUUCGGAGGCGUUAAGCACUCCGGCAUCGGCGUCGAGCACGGGCGUCAGGGACUUCUCUCCUGGACAAAUAUACAAACAGUCGCUCUAACUAAAGCACGGACCUGAGGUCCGAUGAUUCAAUAUUCAUAAAUCAGACAAGCGGACAACGUGAGUAGCUGUUGCGUGGGUAGACCAUCGUUUUAUGCUCCGUUUCUUCUUCUAUACAGGUCCGGACGGUCGUAUGACUAUUGCAAUGCCAUUAAACUCUGUAGGCC